CUGUGUGUGCAUAGGGCAGAGCUGGCAGCUGCGAACCGCCUCCUCUCUGCUCCUCUGCCCAAGCAUCCAGCAUGGCCUGGACUUCGGCUGCGCUGCCUCAUCCUCACCCCGGCCCCACACGGUGCCUGGUGUCAGCCCAUGACCCCCAGAGGAAACCCCUGCCCAUGAGGAUCCGCUGCCGCUCCUGAUGAAAACCCCACAUGCAUUUUAUCCGACAGCAGCAGCUGGAGGGGGAUGUGCCGUUUGGAAGAGGCUGCUCCUGGGGGAGUGGGGAGCUGCGUGCCAGGAGGCCAGGGGUGUCUGAGAGCACGGGGUAGUGGAUUCUGCCACCGGGAAUCCGGCAGGUUCCCCUGGGAAAGGCGGGGUGAAGGGUGCAGUGUGUGGGUCCCACUGUGGGUGACACCGGGCUUGUGACCCAGCAGGAAAAUCACAGCAUCCUGGGGCCAGCCAGGAAUGUCUGCUGCUGGUCCUGCCCUUCAGCAUCACUUGCAGAGCGGAAUAUUCCACUGGGCAGCAGAAACGCCAUUCCCAUCCGGCGGGAUGAGGUCUGUUGUCUCCCAGAGAUGCUCUCUGCCCUCUCUGCCCGCGUCUCUAAAUCAACCCUGCCCCGACGACCCGGGGAGCGCUGCCCGCACCUCGCUGCGGGGGUUUGUGGAGGCUUUCCAUAUGGUUUGGCUUUUCCCCCUUCGUAAGGCAGGAUGGACCUCUCCAACCCUGCAGGUCCUGCUGCCCUCCCCAAGCACAUCCUGGACGUCUGGGUCAUCGUCUUGAUCAUCCUGGCCACCAUCCUUGUCAUGACAGCCCUGGUGCUCUGCCCGGCCACCGCCGUCAUCAUCUACCGGGUACGGACUCACCCUACACGCAAUGGCAUCGUGUGAGGUGGAGGCGAUGAGGGACAGCCCACUGACAUGGGACCCUGUGCUGAGGACCCCGCAGAGCCCGAUGGGGCACCCCAAUAGCUGCAGGGAGACGGGCAGGAGCCGGGGUGGGCCAGCACCCACAUGCCUGCCCCUGAACCUGGCUCUUCCACUGCCUUCUAUUUACCCACCGAGCUCACAGGGACUGUUGAGGAGAUGGCGGCCUGGGCACCAGGCAGGAGAUGUGUGACUUUGUGAACCCGUCCAGCUAGAAAUGACUCGCUCCCAUGAGGCAGCCAGGCUGGUCUCACCUUUGCUGGUGACCCGUCUCCUCCCAGGCAAGGUGUGGAAAUGCCCAGACAAAGCUAUUUCUUCUUUGGAAGUCCCAGUUGUCAGCGUGGUUUAGAAAGACGGGCCGGAGCAAGAUGGAUGUGGCUUCUGGUUGUGCAUUUGGAGACUCAGCUAGAAGCAUCGGUGGCAGAGCCUGCCCUGGCUGCGCAGCAGACAUGCAGCUGGCACCAGCUUCUCCUCUGUCAGAUACCUGCUGGAACUGUAGGAAAACCCUGUGGGGUGCUCGGUUCCUCUGGGUCUCAUGGGGCAGAGGAUUGUGGGCAGCUCCUGCCCGCACAAUGGCUGUGCUCAGUGCCCCUGCUGAUGGCGAGGGGCUCCACCACUCACCUGGCACACUGACCCCAUGGGGGGGGGGUCUGUGUGCCCCUGUCUGGGAGGGCACAGCAGAGGGGUUUGUGCCCAGGUGGUGACAAGGGACCAUGUAAAGCUCUUACAUUGCCUCUUGCUAUGAAAUAAAUGGACUUUAUUCUA